CGGCGUAGUUACACGGGUAUUUUUAUGGGAAUCAGAUACUUUGGGGUUGAUAAUCUUCAACAUAUGGGGAAAAUUGUGAUGAACUUCGGACCAGUACCAAUCACGCUCACGAAUUUGGAUAGACUCAAUGCUGCUGUCAGAGACAUGUCCUACAAGCCACGACAUCCCGUAAUCGAGGGUAAGGAUCUAAAUUUCCCCAGUAAUAACGCGGAACCCUGCGAGAAGACAUUUUGUGCCUGGGGGGCGAGUUGUGUCGUAUCCGAGAGUGGUCGGGCAUCGUGUCUUUGUCCAACGGAUUGUGCUUCGACGCUUGAACCUGUUUGUGGUAACGACGAGGUGACAUACACGAACCAGUGUCAUCUGCGACAGACAAGUUGUCACAAUAGGAAAAACAAUAGGGUGAAACAUCAGGGCGCUUGUGAAAUCAAGGAUCCUUGUGCAAAAUUAAAUUGUUCGCGAGGUGCUCGCUGCGUAAGAAGCAGAGAUGGAACCGAAGCAAAAUGCGAGUGUUUAGAAUCGUGUCCAAACUUAGGGGAUCACGAGGGCUCUGGCCCUGUCUGUGGUUCUGAUGGGGUUGAUUACGCAGGUUUGUGCGAGUUGAACAAAGUAGCUUGCACUAAGGGUAUCAACAUUACGGUGGCUUUUCGUGGAAAAUGCGAUCCUUGCGCGGGCGUCGAGUGCAUGGAACCGGAAAUCUGUCAGCUGGACGAAUCGAGGCAACCGGCCUGUCGUUGCGGUGAACAGUGCGGCCUCGAGUUUUCGCCAGUUUGUGGCAGCGACGGCAAAACUUAUUCCAACGAGUGCAGUCUUAGGCAGGAAGCCUGCAGAUCGAAGUUGCAGCUUAGAAAGAUCUACAACGACGCUUGCACUUCGGUGAAUAACCCAUGCGAUGGUGCACACUGCGCUUCAUAUGAACAAUGCGUGAUUGAUAAAUUCGGUCACGCAACGUGUGAAUGCGGACCAAAAUGCGAUAAUGUCAUGAGACCAGUUUGCGCUAAAGGAGGCAGAACUUAUCCUUCUCUUUGCGAAUUGAAACGGCAGGCUUGUGUCACAAAAACAAGUGUCGAUUUGGCCUACACAGGAAAUUGUGGGUCCAAGGGCCCCUGUCUGGAAAAGGUCUGCCAAUGGGGUGCAGUUUGCGCUGAGAAUGGAGACACGGCCACCUGCGAAUGUCCCACUUGCCCAGCGGAAUUUCAACCCGUUUGCGGCAACGAUGGAAUCAGUUACGGAAACGAGUGCAAACUUCGCCUCGAGGCUUGCCAGCAUCGUCGCGAAAUUCGCGUUCUCUACACCGGACUUUGCAACGGCUGCGAGAACAAGAAAUGCGACCAUUAUGCUGAAUGUGAGAGUGACAGCGGUGGCGAAGCCAACUGCGUUUGUCCGAAAUCCUGCGAAAAUGUGACGCAGGUCGCGGGUGCCACCACUAAAGUUUGCGGGUCAAACGGAAUGACUUACGCUAGUGAAUGUGCUCUCAAGAAGGCUUCUUGUGAAGCCCAAACCCUCAUCAUCGUUAGCUACAGAGGCGAUUGCGAAUUAUGUUCGAAAGUGGUAUGCGAAAACGGCGCACACUGCGUUGCAGGCGUAUGUGUUUGCCCAAAAACUUGCCCAGAAAAAUCGGGAGAGACAGUUUGUGGCAGUGACGCAAAGACUUACUCUUCAGAAUGCGAACUUCAAAAAACUGCUUGUGAAAGGGACCCAAAACUUUCUCCCCUGCAAGUGAUUUUCUAUGGCGAAUGCGUCGAGAAAUUCGCAGUCGCUGCUUUAACUACCAUGUCCACUCCAGCAAUAACUCGCCUAGUAACCACGAUAGCUGAAGUAACUAGUGCACAAGAACGGGAAGCUUGCAAGGAUAUUCAUUGUGAUUUUGAGGCCACUUGCGAGCUGGGACCAGACAAAUUUCCGAGAUGCAGUUGCAAGUUUGAUUGCGCUUCGAUUUCACCUGAAAAUAUGCGAACUGUUUGUGGAAGUGACCACAGAACUUACCCAUCCCUUUGUGCGAUGAAAAUGGAGGCUUGCCAAAGACAACAGGAACUCAGGCUAAGACCAAUCGACCUUUGUGAAGGUAUGGAAGUGAAACCCUGUAACGGUGAUGCUCCAUUAACUGAUCCUGAAGGUAGGGAAAUUGACUGUGGAAAUGGAGCUCUACGCAAGGACUGCCCUAGCAAUAGUUAUUGUCAUCAGACACCACGAUUUGCUCGUUGUUGCAAGAAAGACCAAGGAGUACAGGUGGUCAAGUGUACAGAUUCAUGGCAUGGUUGUUGUCCCGAUGGGAAAACUGCGGCUCUGGGUCCUGAUGGAGCCGGUUGUCCCAGCCAGUGUAAUUGCAACAGAUUAGGUAGCAUGUCUGAUACCUGUAAUCCUGAAACCGGUCAAUGUGAAUGUCGCCCGGGAGUGGGUGGCCUUAAAUGCGAUAGGUGUAUGCCAGGUUAUUGGGGCCUACCCAAAAUCAGCGAAGGUCAUCAAGGAUGUAUACCUUGCGGAUGCUCACUGUUCGGUUCAGUUCGUGAAGAUUGUGAACAAAUGACUGGUCGUUGUGUUUGCAAGCCUGAGAUUCAGGGUCAAAAGUGCACAAUUUGCACUGAUCAUAACAAAGUGCUUACACCAAAUGGAUGCCAUUCAGCUGACUCACUCCUGCCCGAAAUACCAGACUCUUGCAGCAAAUUGGAGUGCUAUUCCGGCGCACAUUGCUCGGAAAUAGGUGGUCCACACUGCGAAUGUCCCUCUUCUUGUCCCACGGAUGUUCCCCCAGUCCCAGUUUGCGGCAGCGAUGGCCAAACUUACGACAAUGAGUGCGAGCUUCGACUUUACGCCUGUCGUCAUCAAGCUGACGUCGUUACUCAGGCUUUUGGUCAUUGCAGAGAUGACCCCACGGUCAAUACAGAUUUUCCCGUGAAGAGAUAUACAGCUGUGCAGUAUACUCAACCCGCAGCUGCCAUUUCUCCAUUAUCGAAAUCCACAAGACAUCUUCUGGUCCCUGAACCAGAUCCACGAUAUUAUUAUACCCAUCGAGCGCACCAAGAAACGAUCACAAUUGACCGGGAAAAUUUAAAACAGGGGGUGGCUGCUUCUUAUCGACCAACGCCAGCAACAAUAAGAGUUGUAACAGCUUUGCUUGGUGAUAUCUGCACUGAUGAUAAAGAUUGCACAAUCCCGAAUAGUGAAUGCAUUAAUGGAGGUUGCAUUUGUUUAGAUGGAUAUGCUGAGACCAGUGACAGACAAGAAUGUUUUGCAAACUACGUUCCAGUCACGUCAACAGAAGAAUUCCGUGCUUGUUUGUCUUACCCAUGUCAUAUGUCUUCGACCUGUAUCGAUUUACCUAGUGCUACCUUUGUUUGCAUCUGCAGACCAAACUAUACUGGUCUACUUUGUGAUGAGGAAAUUAACAGGAGGGACUAUGAAGUCGCUUCUUUCGAUGGAAAAAGCUAUGUUAGAAUGAACAGACUGAAGGCUUACCACAAAGUCAGCAUCGAAGUUGAAUUUAAGACCUACGCUGAUAAUGGAAUUCUUAUUUAUAAUCAACAGAAAACAGAUGGAAGUGGUGACUUCAUUUCUUUAGCAAUCGUUGAUGGAUACGUCCAAUUUAGAUACAACCUAGGAAAUGGCCCAGUGAUUCUAACAUCUCCGGAAAAAGUACAGAUGAAAACUUUCCAUCGAGUUGCUGCGAAGAGGUACUACAAAGAUGGCGUCUUAAUUUUUAACGAUGGGGAAGAUAUCGCUGGUCAGAGUCAAGGAAUGCUAAAGUCUUUGGACUUGAAUCAAGACACCUUCGUUGGAAACGUACCUACAAAUUUCACCAAAAUCUAUGAAAACAUUGGUACAAAUCAAGGUCUGUUGGGGUGCAUCCGAAAAUUAAAAAUUAAUAGGAUGUCUGUUGAUCUUCACAUUGGCCACGACAAAGAUGUUCUUGAAACGUAUCGCAUAAAGGAGUGUGGAGACAAUGCUUGUUCAAAUCUCCCAUGUAAAAAUGGAGCCACAUGUCAACCAAUUUUUGAAGAAGACCUCUGUGACAAUCGCGAAUGUGACAAGCCACAGAAAAAGGGAAAAGGAAAAAGGAAAAGUGGCAUGAACAUUGUCAGAUGCAAAGGUUCUCACUGUAAGUCAAUUGAACAAAAAAGGUCCAGGAAGAAUGCCAAAAAACGUUGCUCGACUUCAGAUUGUGAUUACAAUUUCGACCUUGAUUUUAACUACAGUCAUGAAAACUAUGCUGUGGCGAAAUACGAGCCUCCUGAGUAUAAAUGCAUAUGUCCUCCCGAAUAUACGGGGAAAAAUUGUGAGCAAUCUUUGGAUCCUUGCAUGGGAGAACCUUGCCAACAUGGCGCAACUUGCGAUAUUUUGCCACAGGGUGGUUAUGUAUGCAAGUGUCCUCCUGGAAGAACUGGAGAACACUGUGAAAUUUUGGAUGCCGAGUUGACAGAGUUUCUGAUUCCUGAGAUGAAAGGCGACGGUUUUCUCGAACUUCCAUGCCUGGAGGGUGUCUCCAAAGCGUUCUCGAUAGAACUAUGGUUCAUCACACAAGCAAAUGAUGGCCUUCUUCUCUACAAUGGUCAGCUAAAUAAUGGAAGAGGCGACUUCAUCAGCUUGAACCUCGUUCAUGGCAAGUUGGAGUUCCGGUUUAAUCUUGGUAGUGGAAUAGCCAAUAUUUCAUCUCCUGAUCCUGUAACUCUGGGUAGUUGGCAUUGUGUUAGGAUUAGCAGACUUGGAAGGGAAGGUUUGCUUCAACUUGACGAUGGAACUCUGGCAAGAGGAUUGUCAGGAAGUCCACUAACAGAGUUGAAUCUUGAGACCCCACUCUAUGUUGGAGGUGUAAAACACUGGCGAGAAGUUCAUCGUCUAGCUGGAGCCUAUACUGGACUCCAAGGAGCAAUUCAAAGGCUAAUGGUGAACGGUAAGACGUAUCAGAAUCUCGCUGCGAAUUUCACUCAGCACAAUACCGAAGUUUACGAUGGACUACCUUGUCCCAGUAAUGAAAAUCCUUGUCACAAUGGUGGAGUUUGUUUGCCUCUUCUAAAUAGUUACCUUUGCAAAUGCGCUAGUGGAUACAAUGGACUGCACUGUGAAUUUUUCAUGGGCUAUGAUGUUUCUGGCGGAGAAAUAGCAGAAAGGCCUGUUCGGUUCAACGGCGAAAACUUCCUUCAAUUCAAGCAUCGAUUCGGAAGGAGUGCUAAUUCUACUAACAUAACUAUGGAAGAGUACAGUGAUGAUUCUUACUCCGACUACGACUUAGAGGAAGAUAUCGACUAUGAAUAUGAACAUUAUGACUAUACUGAACGAAGGGGACAACAGUCGAAUAAAUUCGAGCUAAGAUUAAGAACCACACAUCCAGAAGGUCUGAUUGCCUGGAUUGGAAGAGGAAAAAUUGAACAUCUCACCUUGGCUUUACACGGAGGAUACAUUGUCCUAUCGUACAAAAGCAAGCAUGAAGAAAUUUCUCUGACAAGUAGAGAGAAAAUUGAUGAUGGCGUGUUCCAUCACAUACGAGCUUCCAGGAGACGAAAAGCAACAAUAAUACAAAUCGACGACGAACCUCCUGUGAAAAUGGCAACGGAAACCACCGUCAUAAUGACGAAUGGGAAACUAUUCGUAGGCGGAAAGCCAGGAUUCCACGGGGUUAAAGGGUGCGUCACGGACUUCAUCGCCGAUAAAAGAAGAAUUCCUUUGACGAGACGAAAAAUUGAAUUUUGUCACGACAAUGACGUAUGAUAACGAGCCACUGACGAUUGAUUCGUCUGAUAAAAGUUUCGAUUCUUCGCUGGCUGCUGGACUUCCACCAGGAAUCGCUCCACCUGCGAGCUGACCAGACAUCAGCAAGAAAGUAUUACACGAAAACCAAAUGUUCUCUGACCUCAAAAUUCUCCAAGUCGUCUACAAGAAAAAUAAGUCUGAUAAUAAUCGAUCGACUGUGCCUCGUAGCCGUUUAACGAUUUAUCGAGAUCGAGUGAUGAGUUCAAGUGCUACGUUUUCAUCGAAGGACAAUAAUAUAUUUUUAAGGAAAAGAGCUGCGAACACCCUGUAUGUAUGAUCGCAAAUAUAAAUAUACAAAGUAUAUAUACAAAUAUAAAUAUUAAAUAUAAAUAGUAGAUAUAAAAAUUGAAUAUAAGUAUGAGAUAUAAAUAUAUGAAUGAUAUAUGUGAAUAAGUAGUAACCUACGGAAAUUUAAAGCGUAUACGUACAAUUUAGACUCGAGUAAGUUGGCAAGAAAUUAAACGAACAAGAAAAAAAGUGCAAGAACUUUAGCCCUUAACUAGCUGCUGACGCACCUAAACAAGUUACGAUGCCAAGACUGACUAAUACGGAUGAAAAAAAGAACUUAAUCAGUGUUAUGUUUGAGUGUUCGGUAGAGAGAUUUAUCAUUGUGGAUUCCCUAGAUAGAAAUAAGUAUUUUAAAUGACUGUUGAUUUAUGCCAGUAGAGACCACAUUGUUUAAGAUAGGCGAGGCUUUUUAUAAAAAAAACCGACGAGAAAUAGUUUAUAUUAAAAAUGAGAUUCUAGACGAAGUAGUUAUAAAAAUAUUGAUAUUACAUUCCAUGCAAUGGAUACCUCUCGAACAUAAUUUCUACUUAGGAUAACUCGUACACACAAACGUAUGCUUUAAAACGAGAUUAACAAUGAUUAUCACACUAGGAAUAUUAUUGCCGCCUGUGAAACGAGUGUGAGUGAAAAAAGUUAAACAUAUGUGUAUAUUGUCUGCGUGUGAAUCAUGAUACUUGAGAUUGUAAAUAAUAUUUUUUAAAUUGAAAUUUUUCUGAGAAAAUAUCUUCUUCUUCGCUGCGCUGGAAUCGAAACCCAAAACUUCCGAUUGCCGCUCGGAUUUUUUUCCCUUAAGCUACUAGAGAGAUCGAAAGAAGAAUCGUUUGUCAUAAAUAAAUGCAUUAUUUCGUCGGAUGUUACGUAUUUAGAUUUGUCAAGGAAUCUGUAUUAUCAUCAGAAAAUAACAUAAAUUCUUAAAGUCUUUUCAGACUAGAUGGAGCGAUACAUUAAAAAUUUGUUUAUGAAAAAAGAUCUUCUCGUGUGCUUUUCCCGCUUAGAAGGUCUUUUUUCGACAGAAAAAAUUUAAUUACAGAUAAUACAGAUUCCUUAAAAAAAUUGAAGUACGUAAAAUAACGCAUGUAUUUCUGAAAAAAGAUUCUUGUUUCGAUCUCUGUAGCAACUGAAGAGAAAAGCGCCCGAUCGGCAAUCGGAAGUUCUAUCGUUCGAUUCCCAACGGAGCGAAUGGGAAGAUCAUUUUUUCAGAAAAAAUUUAAUUAAAAAAUCUUUUAAUUAAUAGUUCCAUCUAGUCUGAAAAGACGUUAAGAAUUUCUGUUAUUCUCUUACGAUAAUACAGAUUCCCUGUAAAUAAUAUUGAUAAGCUAGUCUACUCCAUGGAUGGUGAAUUAUCUGCCGCUUACUGUACACAUAGAGUGUAAUAUAUAUCACCUAAUGAUCGUAACGACCUAAGUCAAACUUAGUUCAAAACUCAGUCUUCGGGCUUACAACGACAUAAUUUUCACGAACGUUUUCCAUUUUUUAAUUUUUACGAAAGUCUAUUGGAAAAGUAGAUUUUUUGGAAAUAAAAUGUUAUAGGGAUGAGGAUAGAGGUUUUGAUGCUUUUUGAAUUGCACUCAAUUUACUGUGACCGACAAUCAAUUUGUCAAAUAUAAAUUGACUUUUAAUCAGAUUAUAAGCUCUGCAUGCAAUUUAGAGAUAAGAAACUGAGAAAAGUAGAAAGAAUUGAUCUCUUAUUUAGCUUAGGAGCCGUACUUAAAUUAUGUAACCUGCCCCAGAAAUUAUUUUAAAUCUAUUAACUUAUUUUAAACACUAAAAUAUCUUUUCUACUAUAAAAGAUAACUUUUUAGCUAAAUGUUUGAAUUUUGAACGAAGUUAUUAAAUUUUGAACAUAAUAGUGUAAUUUUUAACCUGAAGGAUAAAUCUAAAGGAUUUUUAACCUAAAGGAUAAAUUUAUAUUUAAAUUAAAAAGGAUGAAAUUUAUA